AUGGCUUCCCACACCAGCAACAACAACAACUCCGUCGUCUUCCUCGCCCAGGAAGAGGUCCGCCAGGUCUACUACUUCUGGACCUGCCAUAUGUGCGGCGGCGGCCCCUUCUGGCUCUCCACCACCCCCGGCUGCGUUCUGUGCGGCCACCCUCGCUGCACCUCGUGCAAUGUGACCUCGGAGACGGCCUAG